AUGUUACCAUUUUGUCAACGACUUUCUGGUUAUUGUGCUAAUGAAUUUUCUUCAGAUGCUUUUGAAUUAAAAGGAUUAAAACUUCAUUUUGAUCAAUUUGGGGGAUGGACAAAAUUAGGGGGAUGUGAAGGGACACUUAACAGUUCAUUAAAAUUACAAAAACUUGUAGAACUUGUGUGUGCUUAUUCUUGUAAUAAAUGUGAAGUAUUUGAUGGUGAGGAUAAACUUUAA